AUGUGCCUGGCUGGGUGCACACCCCGCACGGCGGCGGCGCCAGGACGCGGAGCGCUCCCCGGAGCCCGGCUGCCUCGCUCGGCUCUGGCGACCGCGACCAUGUUCCAGCCCACAGCCAAGCGCGGCUUUACCAUCGAGUCCUUGGUAGCCAAGGACGGCGGCACCGGCGGGGGCUCUGGCGGCGGGGGCGCCGGCUCCCAUCCCCUGGCGGCGGCCGCCUCGGAGGAGCCACUCCGGCCCACGGCGCUCAAUUACCCUCACCCCGGCGCGGCCGAGGCGGCCUUCGUGAGCGGCUUCCCCGCCGCCGCCGCCGCCGCCGCCGCCGCCGCGGGCGCCGGUCGCUCGCUAUACGGUGGGCCCGAGCUUGUGUUCCCCGAGGCCAUGAACCACCCCGCGCUGACCGUGCACCCGGCGCACCAGCUGGGCGCCUCCCCGCUGCAGCCCCCGCACUCCUUCUUCGGCGCCCAGCACCGGGACCCUCUGCACUUCUACCCCUGGGUCCUGCGGAACCGCUUCUUCGGCCACCGCUUCCAGGCGAGCGACGUGCCCCAGGACGGGCUGCUGCUGCACGGCCCCUUCGCGCGCAAGCCCAAGCGGAUCCGCACGGCCUUCUCGCCCUCGCAGCUCCUGCGGCUGGAGCGCGCCUUCGAGAAGAACCACUACGUGGUGGGCGCCGAGCGGAAGCAGCUGGCCGGCAGCCUCAGCCUCUCGGAGACGCAGGUGAAGGUGUGGUUCCAGAACCGGAGGACAAAGUACAAGCGGCAGAAGCUGGAAGAAGAGGGGCCUGAGUCCGAGCAGAAGAAGAAGGGCUCCCACCACAUCAAUCGGUGGCGCAUCGCCACGAAGCAGGCCAAUGGGGAGGACAUCGAUGUCACCUCCAAUGACUAGGGUGGGCAGCCAUGGAUCCACGAGGGCAGAG